AUGGAGGUGGCUGUCGAAACGACAAUGUCAAAUCAUACACUUGACCAGAACGAGCUGCGUUCAAGGCGAAGCUCAAAGAUAGGUGACGUGGACACUCCUGUGGAGCUAAAGAAACUCGACGCCCAUUUCGACAACAAGACCACGGCCGCCCACCCUACCGCCAAUACCUCUCACGUCUCCGAACAGUUCGGCUCCGAUGAAGUUUCCGUUGCCUCCGAUGAAGCUGCCCUUGGCUCCGAUGACUGGGAUUACCUGAAGAAGGCCGAGAGCUCCGCCACUCCCAGCCUGUCGGAAUCCACUACGCCCGUUCCUGAAGUGGAAGGGCAACUCGCCAACUUCGGAAUUGUCAGCACAGGUAUUUACAGGAGUGCUUGGCCCGCUCCCGACUCGUACGGCUUCAUCAAGGAUCUGAAAUUGAAAACGGUAGUGACUCUUGUUCAACGAGAGGUUGAAGAUACCACCUACACGACCUUCUUGAGGACCAAUGGUAUCAAGCAGUAUGUCAUCGAUAUGAAGGGUACCAAGAAGCAGGCCAUCCCGGCAGAGAUGAUGAUGAAUGUCCUUCGACUUGUCCUCGAUGAGAGCAAUCACCCAGUUUUGGUUCAUUGUAAUCACGGCAGGCAUCGUACCGGCUGUGUUGUUGGUGUCAUUCGAAGACUGUACGGCUGGGACACCCCUACCAUCCUCGCCGAGUACCACUUGUACGCGGAUCCAAAGCCGCGGGGGGCGGAUAUCGCCUACCUUACCGACACCGAGCCGACCUCUUUUUUCAAGGAGCCUACUUCCGACCAUUUACCUCGCCCCAAGACUUUUUUUCGAACCCUCAUCUUCGCCUUCCUUGGCACACUCAUCUGGCUGCUCACUGGGUACGAGUUUGGAAACGCUAUGGGCCGAACGUCAUGA